AUCACAGGUUUAUUAUCAACGAUGCAUUAAUGUGCAAGCACCAUUUUAAUGUUGUAGAUGGUUGAGGUGGACCUAAAUUGGUUGAUUAAUCCAUCAGGUUGAUUUGCAGAAAAUCAAUUGACAAAAAGUGGAAAAACUGACUGAACUGAGUCCUGCCUCAAGAGAAACUGUCAAUACUAUAUAAAAUAAGACAGAAACAUACAGUUGUACAGUUCUGGAGUAAAUAAGAACACUUGACGUAAUUGAAUCACCAUAGCGGUGCAUUCAGGACCACAACUGAAACUAUAAUAAACUGUAUUAUCUAUUAUUUUUGUAUUGAUUUAGUUCGUUUUUUUUAAAUUGUUUUAUUAUUUUACCCUACUUUAUUUUUCCCUUCAUUGUGUCUUUAAUUGUUGUCCUGAUUAAUUUAUUUGCCUUAUACAACGCACUUUAUACAGUUGAGUUUAUUGUCUGUGAGACAUAUGUAAUAAUUAACCAUUAAACACUAAGUAAAAAAUAUGUGAGCAACAUUUUCAUCGUUUUAUCCUUCAUGGCAAAACUGUUGGUUUGUUUUGGUUUGGUGCUUGUCUUUAUAAAAUCAACUUGGGGGAAACCGUAUCUUGAUUUUCAUGUUCAUAGUCCCUCAUGGUGGAAUUGUGACAUUUCCGACACGCCCUGAAGGCGGCAGUCCCUCAGCGUGAUGAGGAGCCGCUGCAGCUUCGGAGGGACUUUAUUCUGUCCUGGGGCUCAGAGAGCGCUGCAGCCGCGCACCGCUGUACAUGACAACACCGGAGAAGUUUUGAUCCUGAAGGACACUUCGUAUCAUCAUCGUGUUCAAUCGUGUUUUCCCGCAGAGACGACACUUGUGUGAAACUUUCAAAAGAAAAGGCAAACAUGUGCCUAUAAGCUGUUUCCAUGUUACUAAAGGAAUAAACCGACCCGAGAAGGAGACGUCAAGUGGAUUUUACGCAUCGGGGUCCGGACGCAGAAACUGGACACUUUUUUCAUUUUGAGAAAACAGAAAUCACCAUUCAACUGUUCAUAUUCUCCUGGACAGAUUUGACUCUUUUUCCACCGACCGUGAUUCUCAUGAUGCGACUUUUUCUGACGGUGACGAGCAGUCGGGAACAAACGGUGCUGGUAACAGUGUUACAGGGCUGUUAAAUUUAUUGGAACGUGACCACCGGAGAUGAACUUUCUCCAUAAUGAUUGCGGGAGCUCUGGUGAAUGAUUGACAGCAGAGGCUCGCCUUGCGCUCUGUGGACCUUUAUGGACGAAGUGGAUUUACCGUGAGGAGUUCAACUUGUUUUGUUUUAACCAUUAAGAGGCUGAAAGGUGAUUUUUUUUCCCCUCCUCUUUGGGCAGAAUGAAACUCUGGUGCUGAUUUAAUCAGCAGAGGAAGAAAGUUUCCGAGAUGAACUCAUGAAUCAAGAUAAGCAGAUUGGCCCUCUCCCUCCACUAUUCUUAUUUCCUUGUCUUAAUGACCCUGGAUUAGUAAUUGUAAAACUAAAUUAAUAUUCAUUCUCUAUAUGGCAUCAACGGUGAGGCCCGCGCUGUGCAGCCGGGUGUUCCCGCGGCCCCUCGUGCUGCUUCUGCUGUUGUUCCGGUUUGCUGGUCCCACGUUAGGAGCCUCCAAGGACCUGGUGUGUGAGCCCAUAACUGUGCCCAUGUGCAGGGGCAUCGGCUACAACCUGACCUACAUGCCCAAUCAGUUCAACCAUGACACUCAGGAGGAGGUGGGGCUAGAGGUGCACCAGUUCUGGCCCCUGGUCCGGAUCCGCUGCUCUCCGGACCUGCUCUUCUUCCUGUGCAGCAUGUACACCCCGAUCUGCCUGCCGGACUACCGCAAACCACUGCCGCCCUGCCGCUCUGUGUGUGAACGGGCCAAACGUGGCUGCUCCCCUCUGAUGAGCCAGUAUGGCUUCGAGUGGCCCGAGAGGAUGAGCUGUGAGCAGCUGCCCCAGCUGGGUGACGAGACCCUUUGCAUGGACCAGAACAACAGCGAGACCACCACCUUGGCUCCUCCAUUUCCUAAGCCCACCACUAAAGGCCGGACCAGACCCCCAAGCCCCCCACUGUGCGACAGGGAGUGUCGCUGUCUAGACCCACUGGUCCCCAUCAAGAGGGAGUCCCACGCUCUGUACGGCCGGGUCCAAACCGGACCCCUGCCCAACUGCGCCCAGCCCUGCCACCAACCCUACUUCUCAGCCGAUGAACACGCCUUCACCAGCUUCUGGGUGGGACUGUGGUCGGUGCUGUGCUUCAUCUCUACUUUGACCACUGUUGCUACCUUCCUCAUAGACAUGGAACGCUUCAAGUACCCAGAGAGGCCCAUCAUCUUCCUCGCUGCCUGCUACCUCUUCGUCUCUUUGGGUUAUAUCAUCCGCCUGGUGGCAGGUCAUGAGCGAGUGGCAUGUGGUGCCAGCAGCAAUGGAGCUGGUGACCAUCUGCACAUCCUCUACGACACCACUGGCCCGGCUCUCUGCACCCUCGUCUUCUUGUUGGUGUAUUUCUUCGGUAUGGCCAGCUCCAUCUGGUGGGUGGUGCUGUCCUUCACCUGGUUUCUGGCUGCAGGGAUGAAGUGGGGUAGUGAAGCCAUCGCAGGAUACUCUCAGUAUUUCCACCUCGCCGCCUGGCUUAUCCCCAGCGUCAAGUCCAUCGUGGUCCUGGCUCUCAGCUCUGUGGAUGGGGACCCUGUGGCUGGAAUCUGCUAUGUGGGGAACCAGAGUCUGGAGAAUCUGAGGGGAUUCGUACUUGCUCCUCUUGUGGUUUACCUCUUCACUGGUUCACUUUUCUUACUCGCUGGCUUCGUUUCUCUCUUCCGCAUCAGAAGCAUCAUCAAGCAAGGUGGCACCAAGACAGACAAACUGGAGCGUCUGAUGAUCCGCAUCGGACUCUUCACAGUGCUGUACACCGUCCCCGCCACCAUCGUGGUGGCAUGCCUGGUCUAUGAGCAGCACUACCGGCCGGGCUGGGAGCGAGCCUUGGCCUGCUCCUGCCCGUCUGAGCGCCAGCGCUCAGGCCUGGGCCCGGACUACGCUGUCUUCAUGCUCAAGUACUUCAUGUGCCUAGUGGUGGGCAUCACUUCAGGAGUCUGGAUUUGGUCAGGAAAAACCCUGGAGUCCUGGAGGAGGUUUGUGGCUCGAUUCUGCCCCUGCUGGCCACAGAAAGCCACCGCUCCACCCUCCAUGUACAGCGAGGCCAGUACUGCUUUGACUGGACAUACUGGAACUGGGCUGACAUCAGGGAUCUAUCAUAAAGCUGCUCCAUCCCAUAUAUAAACUGACUGGCACAGUGAAACGUUCUCAAAGGAGUGAUGUUCACACACAUGCACAAACACCUGCAGGACUGUGUGCUUGUGUAUCUCUGAAUAUCAGCUCUAGCAAAAAGGGAAAAAAAUAAAAUAACCUGGUUAAUUAAAAAUUUAGAGAAUAUUUAAAAAAGAGUCUUUGUGAAAACUGAUUUAAACAAUUGAUUCUCCUUUUCUAAGCGACAGAGCUGAAACAGUCGACCAAACUUGACAUUUACUGCCAUUUACAUGGAUCCACAAUAAAAAGACACAUACUUCUUCCUAUCUGCUUAUCCUGAGCACUGAGAGAGAAAAACAUAUUUAUUUAUGUAUAUAUUGUAUAAAUUUUGCUGUAAAAAAGAAAAUUAGGUGUAUAGUGCGAUAUGUUUAAUUUGUAACCAACCAAUGCCACUGCCACAUGUGUGAGACACCAGAGAAACAAAUCUUGACUGAUUUGAAUUGUAUAAAGUUGUACAUAUCAGUGUUUGAAUGUGACUGUGAAUGUGUUUUGUAUGAUGACAAACUGAAACGGCGCUGAGAAACUGUCUUUGCUUGGCUUUUUCUCAGACUUGGAAAUCAUCUAGGAAUCAAACUAAAACUAGUCCAGUCGUUAUAACGGAUGACCCUAAGCUCUGUCGUCAGGUCACAUCACACUUGAGAAGUCUGUUUAUGAAGCAUGAACUAGUUCUGUCCGUGCCAUGUGAACUAACAGGCGGGGAUUGGGUUAAUGCUGCAGGAUGAAACUGACCGUGGCCUUUAACCCCACCUGCUGGUUCACAGUGGAACUGCUCCACCACCAGGGACUCAACCAUGGACCCCCUAACAGAUUAACAUGAGACCACAGACCCUCAGUUAAAUAAGAUUUUCUACCAAAACUGUCUAGAAAGGCAGGGACUACAAAAAAAUGGUGGUUGCAGGAAAAUCUACUAUUGAAAUAAUUAUUCUUAUGCAUUAUCAAUUUUGAUGCAACUUGCUGAUACCAUCUCAAUGACCCCGAGAGGUCCCUGGACCUCACUUUGAGAACCAUUACUCUACUCUUCUAAUGAUUUGCAUUCUGAACAGACAGAUGUUAGGGUCACAGAUGAGUUUGGCUUUGGCAAUCGACCAAUUAUAAAAGAUUCAGCUUAUUAGCUUAGCCUCCCUUCUCAAAUUUAUAACACUGUAAACUGAAUAUCUUUUUAGUUAUGGAUUGUUGGUCGGAGGAAACUUAUGGACAUCAUUUUAGGAUCUGGAAAAAUGUGACGGGCAUUUCCACUGUUUUUGGAUCUUUUAAAGACCAAACAAAUGAUCAAGAAAACUAAUUAGCUUGAUAAUUGCUAUUAUAUUGUGUUCUAGUGGUGAGAGUCAAGCAUAUGACAUUGGGACAAUCUUAUUUAAUUUUUAGUGAUUUAAAACCAAGUUAAAUUAUUCUGUAUUUGAUUGGAAACAGUGCUAAAAUAUUUAGUUUUAUUCAUGGAUAAAUGCUAAAUGGUAAUUAUUUUGAAUCUACAGAAGAAACACAAAUGAUUCACUGGCUCCACCUUUUAAAAUAUGAGUUGCAGCUGUGUGGUGUGUCUCUGAUUUUUAAAACCAUUGUAAAUUUAAUAUUUUGAUGGUUUUGGACAGAGUAAGCACUAUGAGAAGUUCACUUUGACCAUCUGUCAUUAUGUUUGACAAUUUAUAGCAUAAACAAGCACUUUUGCUGAUAAAUAAUCAUCAGUCAUCUGAAGAACUUUUGGAUGAUACUGCUUUUUAUCACAACUGAUAAACCUAACAUGUAAAUCUGUGCAGUUAUUAUAUGUAACAACAAAGCUCCUCUCAGUCGUCAUUCCACAGCAUUAUCUUAUCAGCAGGGAUCUGUGGUCUUAAUGUGCAUCAUCUAUUUUUAGGGGCCCUGACAACAGAAUCUGAAGGAACAUCCCGUCUUGUUUCAGAGGUCGCAUCAAGUGUUUCUGUUAGUUCAGGUGUACAAAUUAACUGCCUCAACGUAAACUUAAACUGAAAGAAACAAACUACAAAAAGAGAAGCUGUCCCACAGAGUUCAGUGCAAACAGCCACUGAAUAACAAACCAGAAUUUGUGUAUUAAACUGAAGCUCAUUUGAGCUUUUUGUUGUGUUUGUCCCUCCCUGCUGUGAUGUUGUGUGAUAUCUUCAUUCAGUGUUUGUUGGCCAGUCGUGUUCUUUUUAGACUACUGUGUGUCCACAUUAGUAAUUUAUUAGUCUGAUUUGUGAGUGAAUGCGAUUGUGUGAAUGAGGAUGAAAUAAGUGUUGGUAAAAACUGGCAUUUAGUCAUUUGCUGAAGUGUAAAUCUGCUUUGACACAGAGAAAGACUGAAAAAAAUAUUGUAGAUUUUGAUUGAUAUUGUGGAAUUAAAACUGAGUUGAUCUCGA